UGGUUCUAUGCUGUGCACAGCUGAAGAGUGUUAAACGAACAGACUGGUUGCUGAUCAUGACUGCUUUGGUUCGAGCUGGAGUCAAUGUUUCAGAGCUAUGUGCAGAUGGAGACACGUUCCUUGAAGCAGGAGACAUUGAGAAGGCCAUCUUCUUUUACAUGUCUGCUUUCAAGACUCAUGCUACUUCUGCCGUGUCCCACAUGCGGAAAUUGGACAAGUCCAGGCUGGGAGAGGUGAUCUCUACUCUGGAAAGUUGCCUGGACAGUCAUGGGGACAGUUACCUUGCAGAGGGUCUUAAUAAAGGCCUUGCAGCUGUUUUCCUGUCCACACUGAGCCCUAACAAUCUCUCAGCCACUAUUUUCAAAAUGGAAUCUCUUCUUCAGAGUGGUGGGCAUGGCUGUGAAGAAAUUUUUACUCGUUGCACUGCUUUGCUUGAAGGCAAACGAAACCCUAAUCCAAAGGGUUCGACUCGUGUGCUGUUGGAGAUAACUCGAGGUCUGGCAUGCUUGUUCUCACAUCCUCACAGCUCUAAGGGACCGGGGCUUUAUCUCAAAGCUUACCUGAGUAACAAGUCCGAAACCAUCACACUGGUGCAGAGAAGACAAGCUGUGCACCUGCCCAAAAUAGUGAAGGCCUUUAGAGACCAAAUGGUGCAUGUACAUCCCUCUCUGUCAUUUGACAGUGAAUUGGCUGUGAAAACAAAAGUAAAUGAUAAGUUAAAUGUUGAGGAUUCUUCCACAGUUAUUGACUUUUUAUUGGCUGUCUCUCCUGGUGAUAGAGAAGUACAGGAACUUCAAGCAGCAUAUUUGUUUUUGUCAGGCAGGUUUUUGGAAAGUGCAGAGGUAUACUCUGCUCUUUUGAAUCAUGAUCAGGAUCAUAAAACACCACUGAGGACUACAGAAAAAUCACUCCGAGACAAUCCUGAGAGGAGAACAAGACUCUUAACCAGCCGAGCAGCAGCCUGUCUGUCAGCAGGUGGAAAGACUGCAGAGGAGUGCAGAGAUUUGGGGGAAGCAUUUGAGGUCCACCCUGCAACUGCUCGAAUCUACUUCCAAAAGCUCUUCACUGAUCAUGGAACAGGGAUGGCUGCUCGCAGCCAUCUCCGCCAGCAGGCAGAGAAGGGAUUGUCUGGUUUCAGAGAGAGGGUCCUUCUCCGUGCAGACUUGCGAUCCACUGAAGGUGUUGAACUUUUGGACCAUGUGAUCACUGCGCUACGGACUCUUUGCCAUUUGGAGCCUGAUGGGGGAGGCAGAGAGUUACGGGUGCGGCUGGCUGAUUGUCUCCUCCUCAGAGGGGAGCACAAAGAGGCUCUUUCUAUCUGUAGCCAGUUAGCUGCUGCCCAAGGACAGCAGAGCUAUCAAAACACAAUUCAGGUUCUUCGUGGAUAUGCACGGCUCAUCUCUGAUGACCACAAGGGGGCAUUAGAAGACUUCCAAGCUGUGGUUGAACACAGUACCCCUCAUCCAUCCAGCUGUGUGCGGGCACUUUGUGGCAGGGGGAUCCUGCGCAUGAUGGGUGGCUUAAACUAUCUUACAGCUCUAGACUAUGUGACAGCCACCAAGCUGCAUCCUCAGGAAACAGCACUGACUGUUCGUUGCUUGGUGCCAUGGAACUACAGAGGGCUGCUGUUUACUGUUUUGCUAGAACAAGGACGAGUCAUGCUGGAGAGGACAGCAGAGCAAAAAUCCAAGUCCAGCUCCUGUGAGGACUUCCAACAUUCCCAGCAGGAUGGGCAGCUGCAAGCCCCAUUGAAGAAAGACAACCACAGAUCAGGGACUCCUGCUGGUGUCCAGUCCCUGGCUGUAUUGCUGAUGGAGCUCCAGCCCAAUGCUGAUGGGCCUCAAAUUCUUGUAGCUGAUGCCUUGUACCAGCUUGGCAGAGUGGAGGAAGCCUACAGGCUACUUCUUUCUGUAGGGACCACCAAUGCUCGGGCACCAAUCCUGGCUCGGCUUGCUCUUCUGCAGCUACACAGAGGUUUUCAUUAUGACACCAAUCAGUUGCUCAAAAAGCUCAUUGUUUGUGGUGAUACCAGCUGUCUGCGAAGCUUGUUGGCAGUGGCACAGCAGAAAGACCGAGCUCUGCUGCAGGGACGCUGCCAUUCAGCAGCAAAACGCAUCCUGGAUCGCACAAGAGAGGACAGCACUGUCAGGGAGGCUGUGGCGUAUCUCUCCAUUGCUAUUAUGGCCUCUGGUGGUGAGGCAACAGACUCCUUGCUGGAAAGAGCAAAGUGUUAUGCCCUGCUGGGUCAACGAAAGACAGCCAUAUUUGACUUCAGUGCCAUUUUAAAGGGGCAUCCGAAACAUGUGCAAGGCCUCUGUGGACGAGGCUUCACAUAUCUCAUGCUGAAUCAACAAAAGGAAUGCAUUCAUGACAUCCUGGCAGCCCUUCAGAUAAAUGCUGAGACAGUCAUCAAAGACAUCCAGUCACUUAAAGACAGAGCACAGAAACUGGUAUGUGAUUGGCUGCAUCAGUUCUGUCACACCAAUCUGUCAGACACUGUGAUAGCUAAUUCUGUUCCCUGCCAUGAAGAGCAACUUAGAGAGGCUUUUAUCAUUUGUGGGGCUUUGAUGAGGACUGAUAGCAGAGAUCCAAGAUGGCAUCUCCUCUAUGUGGACAUACUCUUAGCAAAAGGUGAGAUGGUGAACUUAUUUGCGUUCUGUAAAAAAAUAUCUGGUUAUUUCUAUUCUGUUCCAUUUUUUCCAGGUGAUGUUAAAGCAGCUGGUGCUCAUGUGUGCCAGGUAUUUGGUCAGGAGCCAAGGGAUGCUGUAGCCCAGGCUAGGGUGGGUGUGGUGGAGGCCUGGCAGCAGAACUACCGCAGCACAGCUCGCAGGCUCAGCAAACUGAUUGAGAAAGAUUUAUCCUGUCUCGACUUCUUGCUGGCCUUGAUCCCGUUUAAUCAGCGAAAAUGCGUGGCACAGGCAGCAGCACAGGAGGCCAGCAGUGUGUCAUCAUGUGGCCAGUGGGAUCAGGCCCUUGCACUUCUGACAGUGGCAGUACAAGCAGCGGGCAAUCACAGAUUACAGUAUCUUCGCCAGCGAGCUGCCUGCUUUGCACAGCUGAGCUUACAUGAGCGGUCUAUAGCAGACCUGGACAAAGUUAUCCAGAAACAUGGUAGCCCUGACCCCAGCUGCUCAGACAACCCUAAAAUCUGGGCAGAAGAUCUGUGUCGGCGAGGUUGCAGCCUGGUGCUCUGUUCCAGAGAGGGAGAAGCACUGAAUGACUUCAUUCAGGCUCUGGAGCUCCACAGGGAUCAGGCCAUCCAGUGUGUGGAGGGUGGUCUGGGGAGGCUGCAUCUGGGGGAGUGCUUUCUGCGAGGGGCUCUGCAGCACUAUGGAGAGCAGAAGCUUGACAAAGCCUGGACACUGAUUGAAUGUGGUCUCCUUAUGGACAGUGAGAACACAGAGCUGCGGAGACUGAGAGCAAGGGUCAAACGAGAAGUGGCCAGCCCUUGCAACGUCAAUUAG